AUGCCUAAGUCUCAUCAAUCACUUCUUAGAGACUCAUCUGAGGAGUCUCAGACCUAUCUCACUUACGUGGCCGCCACUGCUGAGCUACGAGCAAAGCUGAUUCGCAAGGAAGAAGACCACAGAUUUCAAUAUUACCUGAUCAGCGUUGUUUUCAACUUGAUUGCAGUCGCCCAGAUAAUAGUCGGUGCAGCUAUCACCGCAUUGGGGCCAUCAGGCGGCUAA